CAUGGCAACGAAGGAAGCAGCUGAUGACAAUGUUUCUAUCCCUGCUUCAACACCAGCAGAUGGAGAGACAUACAGAGCAACAAAAGAAGAUUACCGGUCAGUGGAGCAAAAGGCAAUAGAUGACUGGCUUCCAAUUACUUCAUCACGGAACGCAAAAUGGUGGUACUCAGCUUUCCACAAUGUUACAGCCAUGGUUGGAGCAGGUGUCCUAAGUCUUCCUUAUGCCAUGGCAGCUCUGGGAUGGGGACCAGGAGUUGCCAUUCUAAUUCUCUCAUGGAUCAUCACAUUAUACACUUUGUGGCAAAUGGUUGAGAUGCAUGAGAUGGUACCAGGAAAACGUUUUGAUCGAUACCAUGAACUUGGCCAGCACGCAUUUGGUGAAAAGCUUGGCCUUUACAUCGUAGUACCUCAGCAGUUAGUCGUUGAAGUUGGUGUCAAUAUAGUUUACAUGGUAACUGGAGGCAAAUCGCUGAAGAAAUUCCACAAAACUGUAUGUGGAAGCUGUAAGGAUAUCAAAACUACUUACUUCAUAAUGAUAUUCGCUUCUGCCCAUUUUGUUCUCUCCCAUUUGCCAAACUUCAACUCAAUCUCUGGGAUAUCUUUAGCUGCAGCUGUCAUGUCUUUAACUUACUCUACGAUAGCAUGGACAGCUUCCAUUCACAAGGGAGUCCAAAAGGGAGUUGAGUACAGCUAUCCAGCAUCCAGCAGAGCUGGAAAAGUUUUUGACUUCUUCACCGCCCUGGGGGAGGUGGCGUUUGCCUAUGCCGGUCACAAUGUGGUGCUGGAGAUUCAGGCAACUAUUCCGUCAACAAAAGAGAAGCCCUCAAAGAAGCCCAUGUGGAAAGGUGUGCUUGUUGCCUACUUCGUUGUUGCAUUGUGUUACUUCCCCGUUGCUCUUAUAGGCUACAGGAUGUUUGGGAACCAAGUCGAGGACAACAUACUUCAGUCGCUAGAGAAACCUGCAUGGCUCAUAGCAGCAGCUAACAUGUUUGUGGUUAUCCAUGUUAUUGGAAGUUACCAGAUUUAUGCCAUGCCAGUUUUUGACAUGAUCGAAACUCUGUUAGUGAAAACAUUGAGGUUCAAACCAAACUUCUGGCUUCGUUUCAUCUCACGCAACAUCUACGUAGCAUUUACUAUGUUCAUUGCUAUAACAUUCCCAUUCUUUGGUGGGCUGCUGGGAUUUUUUGGAGGUUUUGCUUUCGCCCCGACAACCUACUUUUUGCCCUGUGUCAUGUGGCUUGCAAUCUAUAAACCUAAAAGAUUCAGCUUAUCUUGGUUCACCAAUUGGAUUUGCAUUAUUCUUGGACUUAUGUUGAUGAUACUCUCACCCAUUGGAGGCUUAAGAAAUAUAAUCCUGAAGGCUAAGGACUACGAAUUUUACUCUUAAGCACUUUCACCACUUUCUUUAGAAUAAGGGUAAGAAUGUAGUAGCAACGAAUUCUGAUGGCUUUAAAGCAUGAUAUAUGCACUACAUGUGGAUAAAUAUGAAUUUUCAAGGGAAAUAUA